AUGCGUGGGAAAGGCGCUGGGGAUCAUGAAAAUGAUCGUGACCAGGUGCAGAGCCCGUGGACGGCGAUGCCUGCGUUGAAGGUUGGGACUUUGAGUGGUGCAUUCGGACUCAUCUUUGGAGGGAUUACGGGCGUCUUACGCUCACCGAAUCCAACGAUCCAUUCGAUUGCAGCUGGCAUCCAUUGGUUUGCCUUUGGAACCUCGACAUGGUGGCUGAGGAGUAACAUCCUCCGGGUGCAAUUUGACGACAAACCCACUCCCGGCCAACGGGCGUUUGCAAGCUCGAUUGCCAGUGGGUUAUCCGGGGGAGCAAUUUCGUUUUCUAUCCAUCGCAGGUUUGUUCCUGGAGCGGUGAUUUUUGGAUUGGCUGGCUUUCUGGGACAGAAGUCAUACGAUGUCAUUAAUGGAUGUUGGGUAUCUCAACAUGAAGCUGAAACGGGCCCCCAGAAAACCCUGGCUCGGCGCCUGCUAGAGUCCAAAUGGAUGCUCUUGAAGCCGCUGUCUGACGGAGAGUAUAUUGUGAUGCUCAAUGAGAAGCUUCUGGCUAUUGAUGCUGAGAUUGCGAUUAUUGAUGGUAAGAUAGAGGCACUUAGGAAGUUGGAGUCUUCGUGA